UCUCUUGCAGAUGAGCGAGAUCGUGUCCAGAAGAAAACUUUCACCAAAUGGGUCAACAAGCACCUCAUCAAGGCGCAGCGCCACGUCAACGACCUGUACGAGGACCUGCGGGAUGGGCACAACCUCAUCUCACUGCUGGAGGUGCUCUCGGGGGACACGCUGCCCCGGGAGAAAGGCCGGAUGCGCUUCCACAAGCUGCAGAACGUCCAGAUUGCCCUCAACUACCUGAAGCAUCGGCAGGUGAAGCUGGUGAACAUCCGGAACGAUGACAUCGCUGAUGGCAACCCCAAGCUUACGCUGGGGCUCAUCUGGACCAUCAUCCUCCACUUCCAGAUCUCAGACAUCCAGGUGACGGGGCAGUCUGAGGACAUGACUGCCAAGGAGAAGCUGCUGCUGUGGUCACAGCGGAUGGUGGAGGAUUACCAGGGCCUUCGCUGCGACAACUUCACCACCAGCUGGCGGGACGGGCGCCUCUUCAACGCCAUCAUCCACCGGCACAGGCCGAUGCUGAUCGACAUGAGCCGGGUGUAUCGUCAGAGCAACCUGGAGAACCUGGACCAGGCCUUCACCGUGGCCGAGCGGGACCUGGGCGUGACGCGGCUGCUGGACCCCGAAGAUGUGGAUGUGGCGCAGCCAGACGAGAAGUCCAUCAUCACUUACGUGUCCUCGCUGUACGAUGCCAUGCCACGCGUGCCUGAGGUGCAGGACGGCGUCAAGGCCAACGAGCUGCAGCUGCGCUGGCAGGAGUACUACGAGGUGGUGACAGGACUGCUGCAGUGGAGCCGGCAGCACUCGACGCUCUUCGAGGAGCGCCGCCUCCCCGCCAGCUACGAGGAGAUCGAGAUCCUCUGGCGCCAGUUCCUCAAGUUCAAGGAGACGGAGCUGCCGGCCCGGGAGGCUGACAAGAACCGCUCCAAGGCCAUCUUCCAGGCCCUGGAGGGUGCGGUGCAGUCGGGGCAGCUGAAGGUGCCCCCCGGGUACCACCCGCUGGACGUGGAGAAGGAGUGGGGGAGGCUGCACGUGGCUGUGCUGGAGCGGGAGAAGCUGCUGCGGACAGAAUUUGAGAGGCGAGUAGAGGGGGGCCGGGGGACUGGGGGGGAAGCAUUCCUGGCAGCUCUGCAGACCCAGUGGAGCUGGAUGCUCCAGCUCUGCUGCUGCAUCGAGACCCACCUGAAGGAGAACACCAACUACUUCCAGUUCUUCAGCGAGGUGCGAGAGACCGAGGAGCUGCUGCGCAAGACGGAGGAGACGAUGCGGCGCAAGUUCAGCUGCGACCGCGGCACCACGGCCACGCGCCUCGAGGACCUGCUGCAGGACCUCGCGGAGCAAAAGGAGCAGCUGGCAGAGUUGGGGACCCAGCUAGGGGCUCUCGCCCGCCGUGCCAGGACCAUCGUGCAGCUGAAGCCGCGGAGCCCUGGGACCCCCCUGCAGGGCCGCCCCCCCAUCCAGGCUGUCUGCGACUACAAACAGAUGGAGGUGACAGUGCACAAGAACGACACGUGUGCCCUGCUGAACCACGCGCAGCCGCAGCAGUGGCGGGUGCUGAGCGCCGGCGGCAGCGAGGCCGUCGUGCCCUCCGUCUGCUUCCUCCUGCCACCGCCCAACAAGGAGGCUCUGGAUGCCGUGCACAGGCUGGAGACCACCCACCAGCAGCUGCUGGGGCUGUGGCAGCAGCUGUACCAGGACCUGCGCAGCCUCCGCGCCUGGCAGUACCUGACCCGGGACAUCCAGCAGAUCCAGUCCUGGACACACAUCACGUUCCGCACGCUGCCGGCAGAGGAGGUGCGGCAGGUCCUGCGCAGCCUGGAGAGCCACUACCAGGAGUUCCUGCGGGACAGCCAAGACUCCCAGAGCUUCCAGCCUGAUGACCGGCUGCAAGUGGAGCGUGACUACAACGCCUGCACCCACAAAUACGAGCUGCUGCUGCGUAGCCAGGAGAAAGGAGAGCAGGAUGAGUCUCUGUGCAAGAGCUACAUCUCGCAGCUGAAGGACAUCCGGCUGCAGCUGGAGAGCUGCGAGAGCCGCACCGUGCACCGUCUGCGCCUGCCCCUGGACACCGACCCACUGCGCGAGUGUGCCCAGCGCCAGGCCGAGCAGCAGCAAACCCACCUGGAGCUGGAGGGCAUCCAGAAGAACCUGGCCAAGGUCAGUGAGAAGACGGAGCAGGUGCUGGCGCAGCCAGAACAGGCGGGCUCAGCCCCUGUCCUGCGCUCCGAGCUGGAGAUCACCCUGCGGAAGAUGGAGCAGGUGUACAGCCUCUCCAGCAUCUACCUGGAGAAGCUGAAGACCAUCGGGCUGGUGAUCCGGAGCACGCAGGGGGCUGAGGAGCUGCUCCGCAAGUACGAGGAGCAGCUGAAGGACGUGCAGGCGGUGCCAGCUGACCUGGCUGAGCUGGAGGCCAGCAAGGCUGAGCUGAAGCGGCUGCGAGCGCAGGCCGAGGGGCACCAGCCCUUCUUCAGCACCCUGGAGACCGACCUUGGCAAGGCCAAGGAUGUCAACGAGCGGAUGGUCCGCGGCCACAGCGAGAGGGAUGUGGACCUGGAGCGGUACCGGGAGCGGGUGCAGCAGCUGCUGGAGCGCUGGCAGGCCGUGCUGGGCCAGGCCGACCUGCGCCAGCGUGAGCUGGACCAGCUGGGCCGCCAGCUGCGCUACUACCGGCAGAGCUGCGACGCCCUGCGCCAGUGGAUCUGCGACGCCCGGCAGCGCCAGGAGGCCAUCCAGGCCGUGCCCAUCACCGACAGCCAGGCCGUGCGCGAGCAGCUCCUGCAGGAGAAGAAACUGCUGGAGGAAUGUGAGCAGCACAAGGAGAAGGUGGAGGAGUGCCAGCGUUAUGCCAAGCAGUACAUCGAUGCCAUCAAGGACUAUGAGCUGCAGCUAGUGAGCUUCAAGGCGCAGGUGGAGCCGAUGGCAUCGCCAGCCAAGAAGCCCAAAGUGCAGUCGGCGUCUGACAGCAUCAUCCAGGAGUAUGUGGACCUGCGGACGCAAUACAGCGAGCUGACCACACUCACCACCCAGUACAUCAAGUUCAUCACCGAGACGCUGCGGCGGCUGGAGGAGGAGGAGAAAGCCGCCGAGAAGCUGAAGGAGGAGGAGAGGAAGCGGCUGGCGGAGGUGGAGGCGCAGCUGGAGAAGCAGCGGCAGCUGGCCGAGGCCCACGCCAAAGCCAAGGCGCAGGCGGAGGCGGAGGCACAGGAGCUGCAGCUCCGCAUGCAGGAGGAGGUCACCCGGCGGGAGGUGGUGGCCGUGGAUGCCGAGCAGCAGAAGCAGAACAUCCAGCAGGAGCUGAUGCAGCUGCGGCAAAACUCAGACCACCAGAUCAAGUCUAAGGUGAAGCUGAUCGAGGAGGCCGAGUACAACCGCAAGAAGGUCGAGGAGGAGAUCCGCCUCAUCCGCCUGCAGCUGGAGAGCACCGAGAAACAGCGGGAGAGUGCUGAGACGGAGCUGCAGGAGCUGCGGGCACGCGCCGAGGAGGCUGAGCGGCAGAAGCGACAGGCGCAGGAGGAGGCCGAGCGCCUGCGCCGCCAGGUGAAGGAGGAGAGUCAGAAGAAGCGGGAGGCAGAGGAGGAGCUGAAGCGCAAGGUGCAGGCCGAGCGUGAGGCGGCGCGGGAGAAGCAGAAGGCGGUGGCGGACCUGGAGCAGCUGCGGCUGCAGGCGGAGGAGGCCGAGAGGCGCAUGCGGCAGGCGGAGGCCGAGAAGGAGCGGCAGAUCCAGGUGGCCCAGGAGGUGGCCCAGCGCAGCGCCGAGGCCGAGCUGCAGAGCAAGCGGCUCUCCUUUGCCGAGAAGACGGCGCAGCUGGAGCUGUCGCUGCAGCAGGAGCACGAUGCGGUGGCCCAACUGCAGGAGGAGGCCGAGCGGCUGAAGAGGCAGCAGCUGGAGGCUGAGCGCUCGCGGGAGGAGGCCGAGAAGGAGCUGGAGCAUUGGCGGCAGAAGGCCAACGAGGCGCUGCGCCUGCGGCUGCAGGCCGAGGAGGUGGCCCACAAGAAGUCGCUGGCGCAGGAAGAGGCCGAGAAGCAGAAGGAGGACGCGGAGCGCGAGGCCCGCAAGCGCGCCAAGGCGGAGGAGGCGGCCCUGCGGCAGAAGGAGCUGGCGGAGGAGGAACUGGAGAAGCAGCGGGAGCUGGCGGAGGGCACGGCCCAGCAGAAGCUGGCGGCGGAGCAGGAGCUGAUCCGACUGAAGGCAGAGAUGGAGAACGGGGAACAGCAGCGCCUGCUCCUGGAGGAAGAGCUCUCACGGCUGAAGAGCGAGGUGAACGAGGCCAUCCAGAGGAGGAAGGAGCUGGAGGAGGAGCUGGCCAAGCUGCGGGCUGAGAUGGAGGUCCUGCUGGAGAGCAAAGCCAAGACAGAGGAGGAGUCGCGCUCCAGCAGUGAGAAGACAAAGCAGCGGCUGGAGGCGGAGGCCAGCAAGUUGCGGGAGCUGGCUGAGGAGGCCGCCCGCCUGCGUGCCCUCUCUGAGGAAGCCAAGCGGCAGCGACAGCUGGCAGAGGAAGAGGCCGGCCGGCAGCGGGCCGAGGCCGAGCGCAUCCUGAAGGAGAAGCUGGCGGCCAUCAAUGAGGCUUCACGGCUGAAGGCGGAGGCAGAGAUCGCGCUGAAGGAGAAGGAGGCGGAGAACGAGCGCCUGCGGCGGCUGGCGGAGGACGAGGCCUACCAGCGCAAGCUGCUGGAGGAGCAGGCGGCUCAGCACAAGCAGGACAUCGAGGAGAAGAUCGCCUUGCUGAAGCGCUCCUCCGAGAGCGAGCUGGAGCGGCAGAAGGGGCUGGUGGAGGACACGCUGCGGCAGCGGCGGCAGGUGGAGGAGGAGAUCCGCGCGCUCAAGGCCAGCUUCGAAAGGGCGUCAGCUGGAAAGAGCGAGCUGGAGCGGGAGCUGAACCGCAUCCGCGGGGAGGCGGAGGAGGUGCAGCGCAGCCGGGAGCAGGCGGAGCGGGAGGCUGAGAGGCAGCGGGCGCUGGCACUGGAGGAGGAAGGCCGGCGGCGCGAGGCCGAGGAGAAGGUUCAGGCCAUCCUGGCGGCUGAGGAGGAGGCUGGGCGGCAGCGGCGUUUGGCCUUGGAGGAGGUGGAGCGGUUGCGGGCCAUGGUGGAAGAGGCGCGGCGGCAGAAGGAGCUGGCCGAGAAGGAGUCGGAGCGGCAGAUCCAGCUGGCGCGGGAGGCGGCGCAGAAGCGGAUCGCGGCGGAGGAGAAGGCUCACCUGGCCGCCGUGCAGCAGAAGGAGCAGGAGCUGCUGCAGACGCGGCAGCAGGAGCAGAGCCUCCUGGACCGGCUGCGUGAGGAGGCCGAACGGGCCCGGCGGGCUGCCGAGGAGGCCGAGUUUGCCCGUGGCAAGGCUGAGCAGGACGCCAGCCUGUCCCGGCAGCGCGUGGAGGAAGCCGAGCGGCUGAAGCAGCGGGCAGAGGAGGAGGCACAGGCCAAGGCGCAGGCACAGGCGGACGCGGAGAAGCUGCGGAAGGAGGCUGAGCUGGAGGCAGCGAAGCGGGCGCAGGCGGAGCAGGCGGCCCUGCGGCAGAAGCAGCUGGCCGACGCCGAGAUGGAGAAGCACAAGAAGUUUGCUGAGCAGACGCUGCGGCAGAAGGCGCAGGUGGAGCAGGAGCUGGCCAAGGUGAAACUGCAGCUGGAUGAGACGGACCAUCAGAAGGGCAUCCUGGACGAGGAGCUGCAGCGGCUGAAGGAGGAGGUGACGGAUGCCGUCCGGCAGAAGGCCCAGGUGGAGGAGGAGCUCUUUAAGGUCCGGGUGCAAAUGGAGGAGCUGGCCAAGCUGAAGAGCCGGAUUGAGGAGGAGAACAAGGUGCUGAUCCUCAAGGACAAGGACAACACGCAGAAGUUCCUGGCGGAGGAGGCUGAGAAGAUGAAGCAGGUGGCAGAGGAGGUGGCCCGGCUGAGUGUGGAGGCGCAGGAGGCCGCCCGCUUGCGGCAGCUGGCUGAGGAUGACCUGGCACAGCAGCGGGCACUGGCGGAGAAGAUGCUGAAGGAGAAGAUGCAGGCGGUGCAGGAGGCCACACGGCUGCGGGCCGAGGCUGAGGUGCUGCAGAAACAGAAAGACCUGGCACAGGAACACGCCAAGCGGCUGCAGGAGGACAAGGAGCAGAUGCAGCAGCGCCUGGCUGAGGAGACCGAAGGCUUCCAGAAGACACUGGAGGCCGAGCGUCGGCGGCAGUUGGACAUCACAGCCGAGGCUGAACGCCUCAAAGUGCAGGUGGCGGAGAUGAGCAUGGCCCAGGCCAAGGCUGAGGAGGAAGCCAAGCGGUUCAAGAAGCAGGCAGAGGAGAUCAGUGAGAGGCUGCAUGAGACCGAGCUGGCCACGCAGGAGAAGAUGACGCUGGUGCAGACCCUGGAGAUCCAGAGGCACCAGAGCGAUGAGGAUGCGGAGAAGCUGCGGAAAGCCAUUGCUGACCUGGAGAAGGAGAAGGAGAAGCUGAAGCAGGAGGCAGCACUACUACAGCAGAAGGCAGAGGAGAUGCAGGUGGCCCAGCAGGCUCAGCUCCGUCAGGAGACACAGCUCCUCCAGCAGAGCUUCCUGACGGAGAAGGAUGCCCUGCUGCAGAAGGAGAAGUUCAUUGAGGAGGAGAAAUUGAAGCUGGAGAAGCUCUUUAAGGACGAGGUGAACAAAGCCCAGAACCUGAAGGCAGAGCAGGAGAGGCAGCAGCAGGAGAUGGAGCAGGAGAAGCAGCAGUUGAAAGCCAUGUUGGAUGAAGCCAAGAAGCAUCAAAAAGAAGCUGAGGAAAAUGUCCGGCACAAGCAGGAGGAGCUGCAGCAGCUUGAGAGGCAGAGGCAGCAGCAGGAGAAACUUCUGGAAGAGGAGAACAAGAAGCUGAGGGAGAGGCUUGAGCAGAUGCAGGAGGAGUACAAGGCAGCCCUGGCCCAGAGACGGGAGAUCAUGAUCCAGACGGACGACCUGCCCGGGGAGGCUGCGGUUACGACGACACAGCUACUGGACAUGAAGGCUGUGCCCAACAGCCGGGACACGAUGGACGGCUUAGCUCAGAACGGGGAGCCAGAGUUUGCCUUCGACGGCAUUCGGCAGAAGGUGUCAGCAGAGAAGCUGGCUGAUGCCGGCAUUCUGAGCAGAGAGAACUUGGACAAGUUGUCGAAGGGAGCUGUGAGUGUGGGCGAGCUCUCGCAGAGGGAGGACAUCAAGAAGUACCUGCAGGGGAAGAGCAGCAUCGCUGGUUUGCUGAUCAAACCCACUAACCAGAAGAUGAGCAUCUACGAAGCCAUGAAGAAGAAGCUGCUCAGCCCAGGCACAGCGCUGGUGCUUCUGGAGGCUCAGGCUGCCUCCGGCUUCAUCAUUGAUCCCGUGCGGAACGUGAGGCUCUCGGUGAACGAGGCGGUGCGAGAGGGUGUGAUCGGGCCGGAGCUGCACAACAAGAUGCUGUCGGCUGAGCGGGCUGUCACCGGCUACAAGGAUCCGUACACAGGGGACAAGAUCUCCCUCUUCCAGGCCAUGACGAAGGAUCUCAUCGUCAGGGAUCACGGCAUCCGCCUGCUCGAGGCCCAGAUCGCCACCGGCGGCAUCAUCGACCCCGUGCACAGCCACCGCCUGCCCGUGGAAGCGGCCUACAAACGCGGCUACUUCGAUGAGGAGAUGAACCAGGUCCUGUCCGACCCCACUGAUGACACCAAGGGCUUCUUUGAUCCCAACACUCAGGAGAACCUCACCUACCUGCAGCUCAUGGAGCGGUGUGUGACUGACCCAGACACAGGGCUGUGCCUCCUGCCACUCACUGACCAGGCAGCCAAAGUGAGGGAGCUGGUCUACACUGACAAGGAAGCCAAGGACGUCUUCAAGAAGGCCACGGUGACGGCGCCAUUUGGCAAGUUCCAAGGGAAGACAAUGACCAUCUGGGAGCUCAUCAACUCUGAAUACUUCACUGAGGACCAAAGGCGAGACCUGAUCCAGCAGUACAGGACUGGCAAGAUCACAGUGGAGAAGAUCAUCAAGAUCAUCAUCACGGUUGUGGAGGAAAGCGAGAAAAAGAGCCAGAUGUGCUUUGAGGGCCUGCGGGCACCCGUGCCCGCUGCUGAGCUGCUGGAAAGCAAAAUCAUCAACAAGGACCUCUACAACCAACUGCACCAGGGCAAGAAAUCCGUGAAAGAUGUGGCAGAGAUGGAGUCUGUGCAGCAGUACCUGAAGGGCACAGAUGCCAUUGCCGGUGUCCUGGUGGAGUCGACGGGCCAGAAGCUCACCUUCUAUGAGGCCCUGAAGAGAAACCUGCUGAAGCCAGAGGUUGCCCUCUCCCUGCUGGAGGCACAAGCUGCCACUGGCUACAUCAUUGACCCCGUGAGGAACAAGCUCUUCUCUGUGGACGAGGCGGUGAAGGCUGAGGUGGUGGGACCAGAGUUCCACGAGAAGCUGCUGUCGGCGGAGAAGGCGGUGACCGGCUACAAGGAUCCCUACACAGGCCAGACGGUUUCCCUCUACCAAGCGCUCAAGAAGGGUCUCAUCCCCAGUGACACUGGGCUCCGGCUGCUGGACGUCCAGCUCACCACCGGCGGCAUCAUCGACCCUGUCAACAGCCACCGGCUCCCACUCGAGGUCGCCUACAAGCGCGGCUACUUCGACCCGGAGAUAAACGAGGCUCUGACUGAGCUCCGAGAUGACGCCAAGGCUUUCUACUGCCCCAACACCCAGGAACACCUCACCUACGCCCAGCUGCAGAAGAGCUGCCACCGUGAUAAGCAGACUGGCCUGUGCCUGCUGCCCCUCUCUGACAAGGCCAUCCAGUCGCAGCAGGAGGAGGUCUACACAGACAGCCAGGCCAAGGAGUGCUUCGACAAGACCACCAUAGAGGUGCCGGUGGGCAGCAUGAAGGGCCGGACGAUGACCAUCUGGGAUCUGAUCCACUCUGAGUACUUCACAGAGGAGCACAGGCGGGAGCUCCUCCGGCAGUACAAAACCGGCAAAGUGACCAUCGAGAAGAUCAUCAAGAUCGUGAUCACCAUCAUUGAGGACGUGGAGACCAAAAAGCAGGAGAAGCUGACGUUCAGUGGUCUGCGGGCGCCAGUGCCGGCCAGCGAGCUGCUGGAGUCCCGCAUCAUCAGCAAGGCCCAGUAUGAGCAGCUGAAGGAAGGCAAGAAGACGGUGAAGGACCUCUCUGAGACAGAUGCAGUGAGGAGGUUCCUGCAUGGUGGCGACUGCAUUGCCGGCGUCUACGUGGAGGCCACCAAGGAGAAGCUGAACAUCUACGAGGCCAUGAAGAGGAACCUGCUGAUGCCCAGCACCGCUGCGGUCCUCCUGGAGGCCCAGGCAGCCACUGGGUUCUUGAUUGAUCCCGUGAAGAACCGUAAACUGUAUGUUAACGAGGCGGUGAAGGCUGGUGUUGUCGGGCCUGAGCUGCACGAGAAGCUGCUAUCAGCUGAGAAGGCCGUCACCGGCUACAAGGACCCCUACUCGGGCGACACCAUCUCCCUCUUCCAGGCCAUGAAGAAAGGGCUCAUUGUCAGGGAUCACGGCAUCCGCCUGCUGGAGGCCCAGAUCGCCACCGGCGGCAUCAUCGACCCCGUGCACAGCCACCGCCUGCCCGUGGAGGUGGCCUACCAGCGCGGCUACUUCGAUGAGGAGAUGAACCGGACGCUCUCCGACCCCACUGAUGACACCAAGGGCUUCUUUGACCCCAACACUCAGGAGAACCUCACCUACAUGCAGCUGAAGGAGAGGUGCAUCGAGGAUCCCGAGACGGGCCUGUACCUGCUGCCUCUGCGGGAGCCCGAGAAGCCGAAAGUGGUGGAGACCACCCAGGUUUACACAGAGGCAGAGACACGGAAGGUGUUUGAGGAGACGCAGGUGGACAUCCCUGUGGGCAGCCGGGCGGGCUCCUCCAUGUCGCUGUGGGAGAUCAUGCACUCGGACCUGCUGCCCGAGGAGCAGCGGAAGCAGCUCAUGGAGGAGUUCCAGUCAGGCCGCGUGUCCAAGGAGCGCAUGAUCAUCAUCAUCAUCGAGAUCAUUGAGAAGACUGAGAUCAUCCGGCAGCAGAACCUCAUGUCCUAUGACUACGUCCGGCGCCGCAUCACGGCUGAGGACCUCUACGAGGCCAAAAUUAUCUCUCAGGACAUUUACAACCUGCUGAAGCAGGGCUCCAAAACCUUCCGGGAGCUCCUGGAGGUGGAGACUGUCUGGAAAUACCUCUAUGGGUCAGGCUGUGUGGCUGGCAUCUACAUCCCCUCCUCCAAGCAGACACUCAGCAUCUACCAGGCACUGAAGAAAGGGCUGAUCAACUCUGAAGUGGCCCGCUCUCUCCUGGAGGCCCAGGCAGCCACCGGCUUCAUGAUCGACCCCAUAAAGAACGAGAUGCUGACGGUCGAUGAGGCAGUCAGGAAGGGCGUGGUGGGGCCUGAGAUCCACGACCGGCUCCUGUCUGCAGAGAGAGCUGUGACCGGCUACAGAGAUCCCUACAGCGAACAGAAGAUCUCCCUCUUCCAGGCCAUGAAGAAGGAUCUCAUUCCCAGCGAAGAGGCCCUCAAGCUCUUGGACGCCCAGAUCGCGACUGGCGGUGUCAUCGACCCACACCUGGGCUUCCACCUGCCCCUGGAGGUGGCCUACCAGCGGGGCUUCAUCAACAAGGAGACGUACGACAUGCUCUCGGAGCCCAGCGAGGUGCGCAGCUACGUGGACCCCUCCACGGAUGAGAAGCUCAGCUACACGCAGCUGCUGAAGCGCUGCCGGAAGGAUGAGAACUCCAGGCUCCUCCUGCUCCCGCUCUGCGACACGCGGAAACUCACCUUCCGGGGGCUGCGGAAGCAGAUCACUGUGGAGGAGCUGGUCCGUUCGCAGGUGAUGGAUGAAGCCACAGCCCAGCGCCUCCAAGAGGGCCUCACCUCCGUUGAGGAGGUCUCCAAGAACCUCAAGAAGUUCCUGGAGGGCACCAGCUGCAUCGCUGGUGUCUUUGUGGACUCUACGAAGGAGCGUCUGUCCGUCUACCAGGCCAUGAAGAAGGGGAUCAUCCGGCCCGGCACUGCCUUUGAGCUCCUGGAGGCGCAGGCAGCCACGGGCUAUGUGAUCGACCCCAUCAAGGGCCUCAAGCUGACAGUGGAGGAAGCUGUGCGGAUGGGCAUCGUGGGUCCUGAGUUCAAGGACAAGCUGCUCUCUGCCGAGAGGGCCGUCACCGGCUACCGGGACCCUUACACCGGAAAGCUUAUCUCCCUCUUCCAGGCCAUGAAGAAGGGUCUGAUCCUGAAGGACCACGGGAUCCGCUUGUUGGAGGCGCAGAUCGCCACGGGAGGCAUCAUUGACCCCGAGGAGAGCCACCGUCUGCCCGUGGAGGUGGCCUACAAGAGGGGCCUCUUCGACGAGGAGAUGAAUGAGAUCCUGCUGGACCCCAGCGAUGACACCAAGGGCUUCUUCGACCCCAACACAGAGGAGAACCUCACCUACCUGCAGCUCAUGGAGCGGUGCAUCACUGACCCAGAGACUGGCCUCUGCCUCCUGCCCCUGAAGGAGAAGAAGCGGGAGAGGAAGACUUCUUCCAAGUCCUCUGUCCGCAAGCGUCGGGUGGUGAUCGUCGACCCGGAGACGGGCAAGGAGAUGUCUGUCUACGAAGCCUAUCGCAAGGGCCUCAUUGACCACCAGACCUACCUGGAGCUGUCAGAGCAGGAGUGCGAAUGGGAGGAAAUCACCACCUCCUCCUCCGAUGGUGUGGUGAAGUCGAUGAUCAUUGACAGGCGCUCAGGGCGCCAGUAUGACAUCGACGAUGCCAUCAGCAAGGGCCUGAUUGACCAGUCGGCCCUGGACCAGUACCGCUCAGGCACCCUCUCCAUCACCGAGUUUGCUGACAUGCUCUCCGGCAACAUGGGUGGCUUCCGGUCGCGGUCAUCCUCAGUGGGAUCCUCCUCCUCCUACACUACUGUCAGCCCAGCCCUGGCACGGACCCAGAUCUCCAUGUGGACCGACCCAACUGAGGAGACCGGGCCGGUGGCAGGCAUCCUGGACACAGACACUCUCGAGAAGGUGUCCAUCACAGAGGCGAUGCGCCGCAACCUGGUGGACAACAUCACGGGGCAGCGGCUGCUGGAGGCCCAGGCCUGCACUGGGGGCAUCAUCGACCCCAGCACUGGCGACAAGUGCUCCGUCGCUGACGCAGUCAGCAAGGGCCUGGUUGACAAGAUCAUGGUGGACCGCAUCAACCUGGCGCAGAAGGCCUUCUACGGCUUCGAGGACCCGCGGACCAAGACGAAGAUGUCGGCGGCGCAGGCGCUGAAGAAGGGCUGGCUGUACUACGAGGCUGGGCAGCGGUUCCUGGAGGUGCAGUACCUGACAGGGGGCCUGAUCGAGCCCGACACUGCGGGCCGUGUCUCCCUGGACGAGGCGCUGCAGAAGGGCACCAUUGAUGCACGCACCGCCCAGAAGCUGCGGGAUGUCAACACCUACUCCAAGUACCUCACCUGCCCUAAGACCAAGCUCAAGAUCUCCUACAAGGACGCCAUGGACCGGAGCAUGAUCGAGGAUGGGACCGGCCUGCGGCUGCUGGAGGCCUCCUCCCAGUCCAGCAAGGGCUACUACAGCCCCUACAACGUCAGCAGUGCCGGCUCCACUUCUGGAUCCCGCUCAGGCUCCCGCACCGGCUCCCGCUCGGGCUCCCGGCGCGGCAGCUUCGAUGCCACCAGCUCCGGCUUCUCUAUGACCUUCUCUUCCUCAUCCUACUCCUCCUCAAGCUUUGGGCGCAGAUAUGCCGGGGGUCCCCAGGGCGCUGUGGAGGCAGCUGCUCUAGCCCUUGCCCUCACCCUGGCUGCAUCUGGGAGCUGUGGGCGGGAGGCGAGCGGGGAGCACCCCGGGGUGUGCGGGCCUCCACUCCACGUGGCCACGUCUUUUUCCAGUCCCACCAAAGAUGUCCCGGUGCCGCUGGGUGAGCUCCUGAGCUGGGUCUCCGACAUCAGCAGGUCGUGGAUGGGCUCGAGGGGAGCCCGGGUGGCUGCAGCUGCUCGGCCGCGCUCACCGGCACAGCCCUGGAGGGGUCCGUCGCCCCCCGCCCGGCGCACAUCGGCAUCGGCCGACCGCCCGUCACGGUGUGAGCGGCAGCACCGCCCCGUCCUGGCCGCGGUCCGGUGCGUGGGACCCGUGGCCGCCGUCCCAAGCGUGGCCGCGGCAGUCGGCUCGGCUGCCAGCUCUCUGUGCCACCGCCCCGGGCACUGCUGGCUCGGCCCCCGCCGCGCCGGGAACGCUCUGUACAGCUCCUCCACAAAGCCGGACAGGCUUCUCCCACGCCCCUCCGUCGCCGGGGCGCUGAACCUCCUCAUGGGCAGGGACCCCGAGAGCCCCCGGCCGCGCCGCUGGGGCUCGGAGCCCGGCUGCGUUGGCCAAGGCAACUCUGUGGCCCGUCGGACGCACCGCACUGCGAGGGACACCAGGCUCGCCGGGGAGAGCGUGCAGGGGUCAUCAUCGGAUGGGGAGGACAUAGAGAGAGCCCGGCCGCGGUCAGAACGGAGGCUGGAGGUGCAGGAGCAGCUGCUGGCCCUGCGGCACUGGCUGGACGCAGUGGAGAAGCGGCUGACGAUUCUGCCGGAGCCCGGCACGGCCCCGCAGGCCAUCCGUCCCCGGCUCCUGCUCCCCGGCCUGGCGGUGCUGCUGGCUCGGAGCCCGUGGGCCCCGUGGCCCUACCAGUACCCGCAGCAUCGCUGCCUCGAAGCCCCGCUGGCCGCAGGGCCACCGAACUGCACCGGGCUCAGCCGCGGCUCCGGGCACCACUGCCCGGGCACGGGGGGUGCGGCUGCGAGAGGGGUGUUGGGCUGUGCACGAGGGGUGCGCGGCCACGCACGGGCUGUGCGGCCGUGCCCGCUGUGCCCCUGCCCGGGCGAGGAGCCGCGGUGGGGGCUGCCGGCGGCCCCUCCUCGCCGCCCCGCGCGCAGCCCCUCGCCGGCUCCUUUUGUUCGGGGCCUGGCCGGCACACGGGCUCCCUCGGCACACAUGACGGCACAAACUGAAAGGGCCAUUCAUCCCGGCCCCGGAGCAGACAAAGCCGAGGCCGCGCAGAAACCCACCCGGCUCCCGGGAUCUGAGGCUGCGGAUUCCAGCCGACCGCUCCCGCCCGGUGCCCCGCGCCGGGCUCCCCUGCCCGGGGCGCCCGUGCCACCCCGAGCCCGGUACCUGGGGCUGCGGAGCGUGCCGGGCGAGCUGCCGGCGGACAGCACGGCGGAUCGUCACCCCUUGGCCAGAGCCCUGAGGAACGGGCCGAGCCCCUCGGUGACCAAGGCAUCCUCUGCCUGGGGCUGGAGCCGGGGGGCCAGAGCCAAGGGACAGGGGCAGGUGGCAGUGCUGGUGCCGGUGCGGGUGGUGGUCGGUGCCGGUGUCAGUGCGGUGGAGGAGCAGGUGCUGGUGUCGGUGUCAAGGCCGGUGCCCGUGCGGGGUGUCGCCCCCCCGGCCGGCGCGGGGCGGGCGAUGCUCCCCUCUCCCGGCUCCGCCGCCCUCGUUAAUCCAACGGCACAAGGCGACACAAGGCGGGAGCAUCUUCCUGUCCCCAGUGCCUGGCGCUGCCGCUCCUGCCGCGCCUGCUGCCGAGACACACAGGACGGGCACCCGGGAACUGCCCGGGGGGGUCUUCUCCCUCCGCCAGGCCCCGGUGACGGUCAGCGUCCCGUCCUCCCUUCCCUGUGCCCUGGCUUUGGGCAGCCCUUUGCUGCUCGGCCAGAGCCCCCCCACACCGGAGCGGGAGGUCAGGCAGAACCGGCAGCGCAGGGGGGCGGGAGGGGUGACCCGGGCGCAGGACGGAGUCCGGGGCCCCGCGGUGGCCCCGGCAACGCGCGUGUCCCCUGGCUUGUUGCAGGCCGGGAUUUGAGGCGGGGGCCCGGCGGCCGCGCCAUGGGGAACUCGGUGAGCCGGCCCAGCUGCCUGGGCGAGAAGAGCCGACGGCCGGAGGAGCUCCUGCGGGAGCCGCCGUGCCGGGAGCCGGGGCUGGAUGAGGGGCAGCCGCCCGCUGGAGGCGUCACGGAGGCCUGUCCAGGGCUGCCGGAGAAGGCGCCGGUGCCGGUGGAGAACGGGUGGAGCCCCGUACCCGGUGCCAUUCGGAGCCGGCCGGGCAGCCCGGUGCUGAGGCGCAGCCAGUCUGAGGUGGCGGUGCAGAACGGGGGCACGGCCGGCGUUCCGGUGAAGGGGCAGGUGGGGGGCGCAGCCUGGACACCCCCCCGGGCCGGCGUCCCCCGCAGCACCUGGUCCUGGAAACCUGUCACCACCCGGGAAGUGACGGAGGUGACGGAGGUGACUGAGACCAUCGUGACCGAGAUCGUGGAGGUGACCGAGUAUCCGGUGGGCGAGAAGGGCGGCGAGCCCGUGGUCACCCGGACGGUCACCGUGCUGACGGAGCGUGUGGGGGAGCUCGCUGCCGCCGGCUGCGCCGGACAUGCGGAUGCCACCGAGGUGUCCCCGCGGGCCGUCCCUGUCCCAGAGGAGGUGGCGGGCGCGGAGCGGGCCCAGGAGACGCUAGAGCGGCUGCUGGCCUGGGUGGCCGACAUGGAGGAGCUGGUGAGCAACCAGAAGCCGCCGUCGGCGGAGGCGAAGGUGGCGAAGGCGCAGCUGGAGGAGCAGAAGCUCCUGAAGCGGCUGCUGGAGGAGCGGAGGCCACGUGUGGAGCUCGUCCUGCAGGACGGACUGUCGGACAGAGCGGGGACGCGAGGCUCCAGCUCGGCGGUGCCUGAGGACAGUGCCAGCCUCUUCGACCUCAGGGAGAGGUGGGACAAGCUGAUGCAGGAGGCUGAAGCCAGGUACGGCCGCCUGGAGCGGAUCCUGCCGGCGGCUCAGGGCUUCCAGGAGGCUGUGGAUGCCUUUCAGGAGUGGCUCAGUGCCACGGAGCGACAGCUGGCCCAGCUCUGGCGUACCGAUGGCUGUGUCAGCCGUGUGCAGGAUGCCCACCGGCAGACCCAGGCCCUCUGUGAGGAGAUCCGCGGGCGGCUGGGAGAGCUGGACAGCGCCCUGGAGAGAGGGCAGCAGGUCCUGGAGAUGGUGACAGGGGAGGAGGCCCAGCUGGUACAGGAGAAGAUGGAGUCGCUGAGGAUGCGAUACCUCAUCGUGGGCCAGAGCAGCACCGACACCGCACACCGGCUGGGGCAGACCCUGGAAGCCUCGUCCCUCCUGGGCACGGCCCCUGAGGACCUGGCACUGUGGCUGGGCCGUAUGGAGAAGGAGCUGGGCAAGCGGGAGAGCCAGGAUGAUGGUCAGGAGCCCCUGGUCAGCGCCAGUGACAGGGAGAAGUUUGAGCAGGUGCUGGAGUCCCAGCUUGCCCGUGUGACUGGGCUGGGCGAGCGGCUGGAGGAGAUCGGCCGUGUGCAGCUGGACUCUGAGGCUCUCAGCUCACAGCUCUCCGAGCAGAAGCUGCUCUCUGCUGAGGUCCUGCACUGCCGGGGCCUGGUUGAGCGUCUGCUGGGGAUCUCAGACCCGCUGCUGCUGCACUGCUGCCCCGAGCCCCUGCGGCAGCGCCUCCAGCCAUCGGUGCAGGCGCUGCGGGAGCGCACGGAGCAGCUCUCCCUGCGCAGCGGCGCCUGUGCCGUGCAACUGGAGCAUGCCCAGUCCCUGCUCACCCAGUUCUCCGAAGCACUCGAGGAGCUGCUGCCCUGGCUGGAGGAGACACAGGCCCUGGGGGUGCAGCUCUCCCCCAAUGCCAUCAGCUAUGAGGCCUUCAAGGAGCAGCAGGCGCUGCUGCAGAGUCUGCGGGAGGCCAUCGCUGAGCACCGGCCACUGGUGGGGAAGCUUCAGCGCGUGUCAGCACAGCUGGUGGAGCUGAGCCCAGAGCAGGGAGCCCCGUUCCAGCGGCGCUGGCAGGAGGCUGAGGAGCAGUACGGCUGCAUCCGCGAGCGUGUGCGCCAGGCGGCGGCUCUGCUGGAGGAUGCCCUGCCGCGAUACAGCCAGCUGACGGAGCGCAUGGACCUGCUGCUGGAGUGCCUGGAGCGGCUGCAGAGCCGGCUGCAGAGCCAGCCCCCCGUCCGCGGGGAUGCGGCCCACCUGCGGGAGCAGAUCCGGGAGAACAGCCUGGCCCUGGGCGAGCUGGAGAAGCUGGGGGUGGCCCUGGAGGGCAUCCAGGAGCAGGGCAGAGAGCUGCUGGCCACCGUGCAGGCAGUCAGCUCCGACGCCGCAGCCAGAGGGAUCCAGGAGCGCACGGCACAGCUGCUGCUGCAGUGGGGCUCCCUGCGCGGCCGCUGCCAGGAGCAGGAGCGGUGGCUGCGGGAGCUGCUGGCGCUGGCUGAGCGCUUCUGGCACGGCCUGUCCGAGCUGGUGCUGGCGCUCAGUGACACCCAGCAGCUGGUGCUGGGGCUGGAGGAGGCUGACGGGGAGCCCGAGGCCAUCCGCACGCGGCUGCGCACCAUGCAGGGGCUGCGGGAAGAGAUCGAUGCCCUGCAGGGCGAGCUGGACACGCUGGGCAGCCUGGGCGUGGAGCUGAUGGCCUCCUGCGGAGACCCUGACAAGCCCGACGUCACCAAAAGCCUGGACGAUCUCUACUCCUCCUGGCACAGCCUGAGCCGGGUGUGGACGGAGCGGAACGGGCGCCUCGAGGAGCAGCUCCAGGCUGCCCUCAGCUACCAGGACACGAUGCAGCGGCUGCUGGAGUGGCUGGACACGGCCGAGCUGCGCAUUGCUGAGGAGUUCCUGGUCGGCGGGGACCUGGACAUGGUGCAGCAGCAACUGGCAGAGCUUAAGGAGUUCAAGCGGGAGCUGUACCAGUGCAAGGUGGACGUGGAGAGCCUGCGGCACCAGGGGGGCACGGGGCAGGGGGACCCCCCAGCUGCGCUCAGUGACUUCCGCCAGCGCUGGGACCACCUGGAGGAGGAGAUCGUCAGCCGACAGCACCAGCUGGAGGCGGCGCUGCUGGGGCUGGGGCAGUUCCAGCACCAACUGGCCGAGCUGCUGCAGUGGCUGAGCCGCACCGGGGAGCAGCUGCGUGGCCCCGCACCCCUGUGCCCCGACCUGCAGAGCUGCGAGAUCGAGCUGGCCAAGCACAAGGUGCUGCGGACAGAUGUGAUGUCCCACGCCCGCACGGUGCAGUCAGUGACCGAGGCCGGGCAGGGGCUGCUGCUGUCCAGCCUGGGGGAGAGCGUGGAGGGGCUGCAGCGCAGCCUCCAGCAGCUGGGCCAGCACUGGGACCUGGUGCGCAGCGAGACCGAGAGCCGGCAGCUGGAGCUGGAGAACAACCUCAGCCAGGUGCAGGACAUCACACUGGAGAUCACAGAGCUGCUGCAGUGGCUGGAGCAGGUGGAGUUGCAGCUCUUCUGCUCCAAACCGGCCUGGGGCCACCCGGAUGCCACCAAAGAGAAACUCAACGCGCACCUGGAGCUGUGCCGGGAGCUGGAGGCGCGGGCCGUGACGUACCGGGGGCUGCGGGAGCGGCUGCAGCGGCUGCUGGAGUCGUGCCGCGCCCGGCGGCCCUGCAGCACCGAGCACAGCCUGCGGCUCCUGGAGCAGAAGUGGGAGAGCGUCCAGGCCGAGGCCCAGGAGAGGAAGGAGCGCCUGGCCGAGGGGCUGACGGUCACCACCGAGUUCCACGGCUCUGCCCAGGAGCUGCUGCGCUGGGUGGCCCACGCCGAGGAGCUGCUGGGGUCCCCGGCACCGCCCAGCUUCGUCCUCGACACCGUCACCGCCCAGAUCCAGGAGCACAAGGCCCUGGUGAAGGAGGCGAAUGCCUAUGGGGAGAAGCUGGGUGGCUUGGAGGCCGUGGCUGCACGCCUGAAGGAUUUCAGCCGGAAGCAGGAUGGGGCUGUCAUCCAGAACCUGGUGCUGGCGGCACGGGAGCGCCUGGGCAAGGUGCUGCAGAGGGCAGCUGAGAGGGGGGCAGCGCUGGAGGAGGCACGAAAGCGCAGCAAGCAGUUCAGCGAGUCCCGGCGGCUGCUCCUGGACUGGAUGGAUGAGGUGGAGCAGAGCCUGGAGGUGCCACAGGAUGCUCCCACCAGCCAGGAGGAGAUCAAGUGCCAGCUGGCUGAGCACAAGGCGUUCCAGAAGGUGCUGCGGGCGAAGCGGCCGGUGUAUGAGGCGACUGUGCGGAGCGGGCGGGCGCUGCGGGAGGGGGCCCGGCUCCCCCAGGACCUGCAGCCGCUGGAGGAGUUGCUGGGGGAGCUCAAGGAGCGCUGGGAUGCGCUGUGCAGCCGUGCUGCGGAGAGGCAGCACAAGCUGGAGGAGAAUCUGCUCUUCUCGGGCAAGUUCACGGACGCGCUGCAGGCCCUCAUGGACUGGCUGUACCGCGCCGAGCCGCAGCUCAGCGAGGACAUGCCCGUCGGAGGGGACCGGGACCUGGUCGGGGACCUCAUGGACAAGCACAAGGUGUUCCAGAAGGAGCUGGGCAAGCGUGCCAGCUGCAUCAAGACGCUGAAGCGCUCGGUGAGGGACCUGACACGCGGCAGCAGCAGCGUGGACUCGCAGUGGCUGCAGAGGCAGGUGGAGGAGCUCAGCACCCGCUGGGACCUGGUCUGCAAACUCUCCCUCUCCAAACAAGCCCGGCUGGAGGCUGCGCUGCGGCAGGCGGAGGAGUUCCACACCCUGGUGCACUCCUUCCUGGGGCGCCUCUCCGAGUCGGAGAAGACCCUCAAGUACGGCGUCUUCCCCGAGGAGGAGGCGGCUGUGCAGGAGUGCCAGAGCCAGCUACAGGAGCUGAUGCAGUCCCUGCAGUGCCAGCAGCUGGAGCUGGAGUGCAUCACCUCACUGGGGGAGGAGAUCCUCGCCACCUGCCACCCCGACUCUGUCAUCACCAUCAAGUCCUGGGUCACAGUCGCCAAGAGUCGCUUCCAGGAGGUGCUGAGCUGGGCCCAGCAGCAGGGCGAGCGGCUGCGGGCACAGGCGGCCGCGCUGGCGGCCGAGCGGGAGGAGACGGCGCAGCUCAUGGACUGGAUCACGGCGGCCGAGGAGGCCCUGGGGCUGCGGGACCAGGAGCUGCUGCCGGAGGAGGCCGAGCAGCUGGAGGAGCUCAUUGCUCAGCACGCGGUGUUCAUGGAGGAGCUGAACCGCAAGCAGCCUGACGUGGAGAAGGUCACCAAAAGCUGCAAGCGGAAGCUGGCGGUGGAUCUGGCCCCCCCGGCCGCCCGCCGGCUGGCCACACGGCGCCGCAGCGGUGGGAAGGCACAGGGUGCGGCGGCAGUGCCGCUCGGGGGGCUGGAGCCCCAGACGCCCCUCAUGGCCCAGCUCCUGCACCGCUGGCAGCAGCUCUGGCUGCUGGCCCUGGACCGGCAGUACCGGCUGGAGACAGCCCUGCAGCGCCUGCGGGAGCUGGAGGAGUUCGCACACUUUGACUUUGGGGUCUGGAGGAAGCGCUACAUGCAGUGGAUCAGCCAGAUGAAGUCCCGGGUCCUGGAUGUUUUCCGUGGCAUCGACAGGGACCAGGACGGGCGCAUAAGCCAGCGGGAGUUCAUCGAGGGCGUCCUCGCCUCCAAGUUCCCCACCAACGUCCUGGAGAUGAACGCCGUGGCCACCAUCUUCGACAUGAACGGCGACGGCUUCAUCGACUACUAUGAGUUCGUCAGUGCUCUGCACCCCAACCGCGACCCUCUGCGCCGCUCUGCCGACGCCGACCAGAUCCAGGAUGAGGUGAACAGGCAAGUGGCCCAGUGCAACUGUGCCAAGCGCUUCCAGGUGGAGCAGAUCAGCGCCAACAGGUACCGGUUCGGGGAGUCCCAACAGCUGCGGAUGGUGCGGAUCCUGCGCAGCACCCUCAUGGUGCGGGUCGGCGGGGGCUGGAUCGCCCUGGAUGAGUUCCUGGUGAAGAACGACCCCUGCAGAGUGAAGGGAAGGACCAACCUGAAGAUCAACGAGAAAUACCUGUCCCCGGACACCUUCGGGGCCGCCGCCAGGUGUGCGGGGAACCAGUCGGCUGCUUCCUCCAAAGUGCUGUCCCCGAGCCGCUCCAACUCCAGCCUCAGCCUCUACAGUAGCGCCUCGGCCCCCAGCAGCCCCCUGGCCAGGAAGUCGGUGCUGCGGAGGACGCGCUCCGGCGAUCGGUGUCCACGCUCCCGCGGCUCCGGGCUGCCCGACGGGGCCGAGCUGCAGUUCAGCGCGGCGGAGGAGAGCCUGGCUGUGGCACUGCCAGAGCCGCCCGAAGGGUCCCCCCCGGAGCGCUGCAGCCCCUGCCGCUGACCCCCGCGCCUGCCCUACGCCAGCACCCUCGGCCGGCCCCACUCAGGACCCUCCUCCCCGAGGCUGGAGGACGGCGAAGCCGCGGCCGUGCACCCCGCGAGGCUCCGGCCCGGCGCUGCGGCUCCCCGAGCGGGGCUGAGCGGUCUCCGAUCCCGCCGGGACUGGCCCCGACGGAUAUGCAAGUAUCCCCUGACACCCACCAAGCCCCCGGUCACUGGCCUCCUUCCCCACGGCUCCAUCGGGCAGCGCGGGGUGGGGUGGCCGAGCCCCAGUGCCCCACGCGAGUUCCCGGGGCUGUGGGUCCGGCCGGGCAUCCCCGCGCUGGGCCCUGCGCCUCUCCCGUGCCGUCAGCUCGGGGUGGCCGCGGUGCCCCCUGGCAUUUGGCGUUGUUGACGGGGGUCUCCCACCCUGGUGCCCACGCCCCGGCGGGAGGUGGCCGGGCUCGGUACCCGGGUCCCGGGCCCCCUGGCCGGGCGCCGAGCCCCGUUUCUGGUGCUAACCCUCACCCCUCUGCCUUCGGUGUGUGCUCGGGGGGGCCCGGCUCCGGUCGGCCUCCGCCCCGGUGGGGCUGGGGCUGCCACGGACGGGGGUCCCUCGCGCCCGCGCCCCCGCCCUGCCGGCGGCCCCGGCGGGCAGCGGGACCCCCGCCCUGCUGCCGCAUGCUCACGCACCCCGCUAACCGGACAGCAGUAGAGCUGAAUGUAACCCCGGCCGGGCCCCCCCACCCGCCGCCACAAUAAACUGUAGUGAGAUUCCUUUUUCUA